AUUCCUCCAUUGACUGAUUCUCUCCCUCCCUCCCUCCUGUUACGGUUUGUGCACCAGGCAUGUUUACAGCAGUGGAUCAAGAGUUCCGACACCAAGAGCUGUGAGCUCUGUAGGUACAACUUUGUCAUGGACUCCAAACUCAAACCCUUCAGAAAGUGGGAGAAGCUGCAGAUGACGUCGAGCGAGCGUCGGAAGAUCGUGUGCUCGGUGACAUUCCACGCCAUCGCCAUCACGUGCGUGGUGUGGUCGCUGUACGUGCUGAUCGACCGCACCGCAGAGGAGAUCCGCCAGGGGGUGCUGGAGUGGCCGUUCUGGACUAAGCUGGUGGUGGUGGCCAUCGGGUUCACGGGCGGCCUGGUGUUCAUGUACGUGCAGUGUAAGGUCUACGUUCAGCUGUGGAGGCGGCUCAAGGCCUACAACAGGGUCAUCUAUGUGCAGAACUGUCCCGAGGGGGGUGGGGACAACGGGAACAGCCUCCCCAGGAACAAGAGCGUGUCGCCCGUGCCCAACGGGGUGGCCGUCAUGGAGGACUCGCAGACCGCCACGUCGCAAGACGCGGGGCAGAACGCGUAGUCAACCGUCUCGUUCCGUGCCAGCGUUGCCAUAGUUACUGAUGAGGAAUUUCACAAAAUUUAUAUAUAUUUCUGUCACGAGAGGACAGAGGGAAGACAGUUUUCUGAAGGCAAAAUGUUGAAAGAGGUUAGAAUUAUAUAUUAAUUAAGAUGAUAUAAAGAGAGCGGACUCUUCUUGUGAAAGAGUGUAUGAAAGGUGACCUUCCAAUCUGUGUAUAAAAAUGUAAAAGAUGAAGGUCGCACAGAAUGUCCGUCCCCGCUACAGAAUGGACUCUUCCAAAUCGAGCCAUCUGCAUAUGUGUGACGCCGCCUGCUAAAGGCGUAGUCAUGGUAACCGUGGUCACGGCAACUGUUGUCGCGGCAAUCGCAUCAGUGAACGGUGACGGUAACGACGACGUCCCCAACAUAAAUCCUAAAGUCUAUUUUUGUAAAGAAACCGGCUGAACGCUGCGUGCUGCCAUCUUGUGUAGAAACUGUUCUGACUAUAGAGAAGAGUUUGACCCUAUCCUGGUACCUACAUGACUGUAUCGGUAGCCUCAGCUAUAACUAAUGGGGAGGGGGGCAGCACAGCUAACUCUACUAACUCAUACCUUUGUAUGUUCCCAGCGUUUCUGACAGUUUUGUGUUUUUAUGCCAAAGUCCUGGCUACUGACACUGCUUUAUUUAUCCUGUCCUGCUGAAGUAGCCUUAGAUAAUGGCCACAAAUUGUGUCAGUUUCGGGGGUGUGGCAAGUUAAAAAUGGCUACACCACCCCCAUGCUUGUCUAGCACAGCGUAACACAAGGAGCUUUACCAUUUUAUCUACUGAAACAGCUAUGGAGCUGAUAUUGCCCUUGCCAUUUUAACAUCCAUCCUUUCUUGCUACAUCAAAACUGCCACAAACUUCGCUAUUUAUACGUGUAACUUGUAAACUUGUACGUUUGUGAAUACAUGCAUGUAUAGUGCAGUAAGACUGCAUUCUUUAAAGCUUCAUGUGUUCAUGAUUUUCUUAUAUGUAAAUUACAGAACAUUGUAUAUGUCUGGCUACAUGUAAUAUAAGUUAAACUUGAUUUAGACUAUAGUAGCUACAAUAUACAGAGAUUUUCCAAUUUUAGACUUUGAUGUGUCUGUUGAAACCAAUUACCAACCAAGCCUCAAAUAACUUUUUUGUCAUAACGAGCUCUAAAGUUGAAAAAAAAACAACUCUUUUUCAAGCAGCCCUACUAUAGUGUUUAAUCACUGUCUUAUGCUUCAUAACAGCAACUUGACCAAGCUUGCAUUUUUUUUUUACCUUUGAUACUGCAAUGUGUUUUAUAUUGAUAUUUGUAAGCACAACUUACAUGUAGCUACAGCAAGUUGCAGACUGCUGGUGUGGUUUUCACCCCAGAUUAUUGCCUAACUGACCAAGAAAUUUAGCAGGUUAAAGUAUGAAAUCAACUACUGUUGUGCACUAAACACAAUAUUGUAAAAGGUGGGGUUUGGAGAUUUCAACUUUCAUAAAAAUGUAGCUUGUAGGACUCAAUCAGGUGAUGAAGACCCAUGUUUUCUCCAUGCUAUUGAUAUUAUGAAAG